AUGCAAUUUCUAGAUCACUGGCUUUAUUAUUUAGCCACAUUACUACAAACAACAAUACAAUCACAGGUCAACAGACGACGACAGCCACACAAUUCAACUCAAGCGAACAUGUGGCGGAUAAUCUCAAUAGUCAGUUAUUUGACUUUACCAAAUCGAACAUCGAUUUCUGCAGCACAAAAAUUGAAUACUUUCACAUCUGAUAUUACUCUAAAUUUAGAAAGUCAAAAUAAUGAUGACAGUACGCUGUCAACGUUCUAUUUUUUACCAUCCAUUCUCUUUAAAUUUGCUGUUCAAAACGAUUUAAAGGUUAUUGUUUCACCCGUGGUUGGGGGCUAUGUUGAUCAAACAAAAAUCAGAUCUGUUAAUGCGACAAUGACAUUCAAAUACAAAAAUGAUCAGCAAUCACCUGGUAUAACCAUCUAUCAACAAGUACAGCAAAAUAAACAAAAUAUUAUAUCAAAUGGUUCAACGGAUGGAUUGUCGAGGCAACCGACGACACAGAACAUAUGGAUUCGUGUGAUUACGAAUAAACAUAUGAUCUUUGGUGUGUUCAUUUCAUUUCUAUUGGCUUUAAUACCAACAAUAACCGCAGCUGCCCUAACUUCAAGUUUCACGCAGAAAAUCAUUAUUCAAUAUAAAACAAUAUGUUGGUUCAACAAAAGUUAUUUGAUCGGUUUUGUGACAAUACCAGUAGCAAUAUUUGUGACACUAAAUAUACUUAUCAUUGUUAUAAUUACCGUUUAUCAUCUGUCUAAAGCUGUACGAUCUCACUCAUCUGUUAUGGUUACAAAACAACGAAUGCGUAUGGCUAGAUUUGUUUGCUUCAUCUCCUGUAUAACACUGGGUAUUGCAUGGAUGAUUGGGCCCUUGUUAAGUAUGUUUACGUCUUCGUCAACAUCGGACGCGGGUAAGGAGGCAGCACAAUGGAUAUUUACAUUACUCAUUGGUUUAGAAGGAGUAUGGACUUUGCUAGCUUACUUAGUCACGGUAAUUAGACGUCGACUGAGACCUAGACGAUUUGAGGCUCCUAAAGAACUUACUUCAAUAUGCUCAGACGUGCAAAAGUGCAAAUAAGAUUGCAGCUACUUCUUUCAAUUUCUUUCUUUCGUUGUUUUAAAACUUUUAUUUUCAUUUUUGAGAAAUAUAAGAUAAAAAAAUAAUAUACAAAUCAAUUAUGAUGAACGACAAUACAACAACAUGAUUUUCAUUCUUAUAAAUAUAUCUGCGCUUUUCCCCCACACUUUUUCGUACAUUCGAUAUUUUGAUCAAAAUAAGACAUAAUCUUAGAAGUUAAAAAGAUUUGUCCUGGUUUUAUAUGAACUGUAUCUGUGAUAAGUCUUUCUUUAGAUUUGCUAGAAACAGAAGACAAAUGCCAUUAAGAUAUUGGUUUCGUCCUGAAUUUUCUUUCAUCACAUAAGUCUAACGACGAAAUCACUCUAGGUGUUUACUCGCUUUUGAGCUGAUAUUCUGGGGAUCUCUAGACUAGAGCAGCUAUAAGUUGGUUCGGUUGUCUAAGCCUUUGAAGUCGAGUUACGAAUUUUUCCAGUUUUUUGAAAAAACGCAAUGUUGCUAGAAAAAUUCGAUUUCUCAGUAACCACAAUUCUGUUGUACUGGAGGAUUUUAUUGCAACUACUAUUAUCUUCCAAAUGAAUAGUGGUUGCCAUCAUUUUUCUUAUAACUUUUUAGCGGAAGAAGAUGAAGACCUGCUAUUCCAGUGUCUUGUAGCCAGCAUGUGAUAGCAUCUUUCUAUGUAUUAAUCAAUUCUACCAAUGAGGUCUACCACAGUGUACCUCAUCGAUGUUCCAAAGGCAAGAUUACCGCUCCCUGACUUUUCAUACAAAUCUAAUGUUUGAAAAUAAGCUUAACAUAGAGCGCCAUCUAGUCUACAUAUCUGCCAAAAUCCAGCAGCUUCAUCCGCGAUCGUUCGGGCACGAGCGAACUUUUCCUGAGACACAUCAGAACCGGGUUUUUCAUGGAAACAUAGGUUAUCGGCCACGCUCAAUUGCAUGGUAGUGUUUGCUUUUCGAAAAAGCUUAAUAAAAAUAGUGAAAACCUAUACUAGACGAAAUAAUCUAUUUUUCACUAUUUUUACCGCAAAUUAAAACUUUCAUAACUCACUCAAAACUGCUCCAGAUCGCUUCCGAAUAUCAAGAUAUACUUCAUUCUUCCUGUACUGCACCAUGAACUCCAAUAACAGUUUAAAAAAACGAGCAGAAAGUACUUUGGUUUUCGAAAGGCCUUGUAGACAGCUUUGGGAAUUAGAUAACGUUUCGUACUAAUUUUUACUACUAAAUACGGUUAAGGCAAUAAAAUGGAAUAUAUCCUGGUAUUCUAUAGAAAUAGCUCUAAAAACAAAUGGAACUUUUCUUUAACUUAUAUGAUAUAACGUUAUACAGAGAGUCAACUGAGAACUUGUUGGCUGAUGAACACAUCAUAGAGUCUGACAUCAUUACAAAACUUUUAUGGCAUAUAUCACUUCUUUUAGUAUUUUGAUAAUCCUAAUCCACUCUCGUGACUCAUUCACGACGCGAUCCCGCUGUCACUACCGCGAUCGCUAUGAUAUCCCGCAUGUCGCGAUGAAAUCCUGUAUUCACAUCGCGCUCGCGCUCUAUUAUUAAACUCGGGGCGUGAUCUUAAUCAAAUCUUACUUUCAAAAAAAAUUUUUCUUUAAGAUCCACUGCGCGAUAUGUAAUUACGCCGCGCUCGCUCUGAUGUCGCGAAGUCACGGCGCAAUCUCUGUAUACUCGCGAACUCGCGGUAAGGCUCUAAAGUCUGCAUAGGUUCUUAAGAAUUCAGUAUAGUUUUCUCUUAUCGUGAUCGCUAUUUCGCGACAGGACUCCCGCUUCCGCGACAAUAACUGCGGCUAUUGCAGAACAAUCUGGCAGAUACGUCGACAGUCGUGGUUCCACGGCUCUCUUCAAGGUUAAAAACUGCUAAGGAUCAAUUAAAGUAACCGAAUUUUAAAAUUCGCAACGCGGCUCAAGCCACGUACCGGAAUUUUGUUGAACACAGUGAGUAAUGUUUUGAAUUACAAGAACGCAAAAGAAUUCUUUUUCUGUUAUUUUAAAGUAAGCAGUUAUAUAUUUGGUAUACAGAAAUAGAGUCCGCAUUUGUUUAUCAUAUAUAGACACGUGUAUGAUUGAAGAUGUGUUUUUGUUAUUCUCAUUUUACAAGUGAUACAAAAAAAAUCAGUGUACGUUAUGUACGAAACACUUCAUAUUUUCUUAAAGUGGUGUGCAGACUAAUUCACACUCGAAUUUUUUGCAGUUUAUAUCCACUUUUUUCAAUUUUUCAAAGGGAAUCGCAUGAGAAAAUAAGUAAUUUAUAUACAAAGUAAGUACACAGCAAUUUUAAGGAAUGAGACCGUAUAGAAACAUAAAUUCUUUCUACGUUGGUUGACACAAAGUUGAAAUCUUUUUGUUUAACUAUUUUGGAUAUCAAAACAGGGCGCUCUUUUUCUCAAAAUAUAUGAACUUCUACUAUAUGCAGCUUUGUUAAGUAUGUUAACUUCGCUAGGUCUCAAAAUAAAAAUGCACUAAAGUGAGAAAUGCAGCAAAGGUUGAUGUCAUCGUAAUCGUGAGUAUCCUCGGUGUAACAUCGCUUUGUCGUUGGUGACUUUCAUGAUGUAAUGAGUACCAAUGCGGUUCUGUUUGACGCACAGAGGAUUGGGGCUCAGCUAUUCCGCCUCAUUCACAGGAUGCUAGAUUGGCUCUAGCAACGAACUGAUAUUAGCGUCUAAUAUUUACGGU